AUGCCGCUGAACCUCAUACCUGCCGCUGGAAUGAAGUUCACCACGUACGACAAGGCAUGGGACUUUUACAACAAUUAUGCAAGAUGUGCAGGGUUUGGCAUACGCAAGAGGGCAAAACACAGGACAAAUGCCUACAUUGUCUGCUCAAGAGAAGGGACGCACAAGCAGACUGUGUCAGAUUAUCACCGGAAACGUCAGAAGACAUCAAAAAGGAUUGACUGCAAGGCAAAGAUUAGAGUCAAAAAGAGGAAGGAUGGGAAAUUUGUGAUAGAAAUGGUUGAACUCAACCACAAUCACAAGAUGCUGGAAAGCCCUGGGAUGCUUUUGCACAUGCGAUCGCACAAAAAGACGAUCCUUUGA